CCCAUAAUGCACUGUACUUUUGCAGCAGCGCCAUUUGUACCACAGCGUGUUCUGUAGCGUGGUUGUACGAGUUAUAACAAAAAUGAGUGACAAAGAGGAAGGGUCUCUACCUGACUCCGAUGGUUCUCCAGUGCAUGGGUCACCAAAGUCACGAUCAAGGUCUCCUUCACCAGUCACUAGGUCCAGGUCUCGUUCCCUGUCAGCAUCCCGUUCAAGGUCAAGAAGUCCCAGGAGGCGUCACAAGAGAUCCAGAUCCCGCAGUCGAGGACAUCGGUAUUCCCGCUCGAGAUCACGAAGUCCAUACCAAAGGCGACGUCACAGAGAUAGCCACGGAGAACGUUCAAGUGGACGAAGACGUCACCGCAGUCACAGUCGUUCACCCAUGUCAUCACGUAGAAGACACCAAGGGAAUAGAGAUGACCCCGAACCAACAAGGUGUCUGGGUGUAUUUGGUCUGAGUCUGCACACCCAGGAGCGAGACUUGAGGGAGGUGUUUGAUAGAUACGGGAGUGUUGAAGAGGUUCAAGUUGUCUAUGACAGACAGAGUGGCAGAUCUCGUGGCUUCUCCUUUGUGUACUUCAAGAGUGUUAAUGAUGCUAUUGAGGCGAAGGACAGGUGCACAGGAAUGGAAAUAGAUGGACGCCGUAUCCGUGUGGAUUAUUCUAUAACUGAGCGUGCCCACACCCCAACUCCAGGCAUCUACUUAGGCAAGCCCACAACCCGAGGGGAAAGAGAACGAGAAAGAGGUGCUGGCGGCGGAGGAGGAGGAGGAGGAGAGAGAUACGAGCGCAAUGACAGAUAUGACAGAAAUGGACAAAACAGUCAUGGAAGCAGUUCUUAUGGAUACAACAAGCACUACUCUGAUGAUAGAUACAAUCGCUACCGAUCACCUUCACCCUAUCGACGGAGAUCGCCUUCUCCUUACUACGGCCGCCGCCGAUCACGGAGCAGGUCUAGAUCCAGAUCUUACUCCCCUCCACGUUUUGAAGAAAGAAACAUGAAGUGUUUGAAGAAUGAAACAUGAAGAAUAGAAAACUGAAGAUAGAAUAGCGAAAAUUGAAGAUAUUGAAAAUUGAAGAUAGGGGGAAGAGAAAUGAAGGGUUGAGCCUUGUUGUGAUGAGAUGUGCUUUUAGGGCAGAGGGGCAUGAGAAAUAGGAGUUAGAAGAUGGAAGAAAGGUGAAGAUAGAAUGAGGGCCAUCUGGGCUCAUGAUUUGGGGAAUGGAGAAGAAAUACGUCCUACAUUGGGUACGAGCUUUCACUCUUACUGUCUGUAAUCCUCACUGUCUUUCUCUCUCCUAGCCACCUUGAAAGCCUGAUGCUGCUGCCUCUGCCUUCAUGACUGGAAGCAUUUCAAUUCAAAAUGUUCUCACUGUCUGAGCACUUGGUCAUGUUAAAUGUCUGACAGAUGGUCAGUAAUAUCUUUAGCGAUGUCAAUUGUUCAUUUUUAGAAGUAAAGCAAUACCAGCGAAAUUAAGGUGCGUAAGUGAGCCAGUUUUUAGUUUUAUAGAUACAUAAUGUUGUAGGUUUUAUAAAUGGUAAAUAUGUCACCAAUUGUUUCAGUAAUGAAAAAAGCCAUUGUGAAGAAGUUAUAAAAGUUUCUUUCUUCGAAACAUAACUUGAUAUUUUCCUGGUGUUAAUUAUUGACCCAAGAAACAUUGAUAUUGUGUGGAGUCUGUAUUCAGCUGAACAUGAUGUUAGUUGGCGGAAGCAGCAGUGUCAGGUUUUUACCUGUCGCAGACUGUGCUUGUGUAACCUCCUGUGUCUCGUCACUUCAGCAUACUUUACUGUGGGUUUAAACUAAAUCUGGGAAGAGAACCUAACACUUAUGAACCUAGUACUUAUGAAUUUUUAUGCAGCUCUGGGAAUGUACUUGUUGCCCCAUAAAGUCAUGUUAAACCCUUCUUUAAAUCCUUAUUUGGAAUGAAGCCAGUUUAACCUUUAUGUAUUCGAGUAAUGGCAUGAGCUUUAAGAGUAAACGUUCCGGAAACAAAGCUUAGGAAUCAGUUCCCCAACCUGUCCUUACUGCAAAAUCCAUCAAUUUUCAGUACUUGAACAUAAAUAAUGGUAUGAGAAACAGGUAAUGUAAAUUCUCUUCAACUAUCUACCAAGCAGUACUCCAAGACCAUUCAGUUCAUCUUGGUCUGGGUCUCUUGGUUCUAAAAGGUUUUUAAUGUAACCAUGGUUGUGUUAAACAUCAAGCCAUUCAGUAAUUUGUAAGUUAUUUCAGUUCCUCUUUUUGAUGGUUUAAGGGAAUAGUAGGUUUGUUUUUGGAGUUGCGUCCCUUUACCUUUGCUUGCUGUGUAAGUAACAGUGUAGUAGACCCGACACCUUUCAAUAACUGCAUGGUGUAGGAAGAUUGUUGGAACACUGUGGUACCUACUGGUCUAGGUAAACUGAGGGCAGAGGUCUUGAUUUUGACAGAAGAAGUGUUGUUUUUCAGGGUUGUAGAGACAGAAAUGUGAGCUCAGUAUGCUCAAAUAUGUAGAAUGGAUGCACAGACAAUAUCUAGACAUACAAAAAAUACUAGUCAUUGGGCCAAAUUCCAAUCAGAUCUGAAGUUUGUUGUACUUGAAUUUUUUAUUAGUUAAUGGGGUCGAAGGAAGUCUAGUUUUGUUUGACAAGCCGAGGUAAACCCAUAUUUUAUUGUAAACUUUAAGAAUAAAUGUACUUGUGAAACUUAUGAAAUUUUUAAAAAUACUUAAAUAUUUUCGGAAGAAACAAUCGCAAAUGCAUACAGGGUCAGAUAUUCUGUUGCAUUUUGAGAGUGGACAUUGGGGAAGAGUCUACCUCCUUAUGGUGAGGUAAUCAUAGUAAAGAAAUUUAGGAAUAGCGAAUGAAGAUAUGUUUCUUUCUUCAUCAGAAAGCAGUUGUUUUCUACAUUUUAAAUACAUUGAUCACUGUGACUACCCUGAUGGUAUGUGGACUCAUCUUGUGGUGGUGGUGGUGGCAAGUUACAUGUUUGGAUCAUGUUCUAGACCAGAAUUCCCUCAUUUCUGGUACCCCCUUGUGUGAUAUUGCUCAAACCACACUCACUUCAUCCAGAGCCAGUUGUAAGCAGCCAUUAUUCCUGAAAGGUCUCAUAGACACAUUAUUUUCAUUUCAUAAUAAGAGGUGGAUAAAUGAAAACAAUCCCAGUUAUUUUGGUCACUUAUUUGUCCAAAGCUUACUGUAAAAGUUUUUUCCUUUUCAUUACAUGUAUAUGACUUGCGAAGACAAAGGUCUUGAUGUUGAGGUCAAAAGUAAAUUUAAAUUUGCUUCCCAUCUAAUUUUUAUCAACGUUAUCACUCUGAAUCAACUUGUCAGUUGAGGAAAAUGUUAUUUUAUUGUACGGCCAAAUUAAAAAAUUGUUUUGGGUAUUUGGAAAGUUGCUCAAGAUUUGGCAGGACCAAUGUUACAAGGUGAAGUGAUAUAUUUUCGUAAUACUACAAACAGAUGUUGGUGCUGUUGAAUGAGAAGGCAUGUUGAGUCCUAUCAUUUGCUGGCAAAGGCUAUGGUACAGGGUUAAAGGUAGCCCCCACUAACUUGUCUCAACACAAAUUUUCAGGAGAUUAAUUGAGAAGUAUUCAAAAUGUUACUUGGUAAGUGUAAGUUUGUAGUUUCUCCAAAGUUUAAAAAAAAUCUAAACUAUUCAAUCUUUUGUUUAUAUUUCAAGAAAGUUUUCAAUUGAUUUUUAGCAUAUCCACAAUUUCUUGCUGUUCAGCAUGGACUUUUUGCUCUUUCGAACUUUACAAUAUUGGCAUCAGUACAUCAUUUGUUAUUACACAGUACAGUGUAUAUUGCUGUCCCUGUGUUUACUGUACAAAAGUAGCUGCACUUGAAAUCUGGGUUGAAUGCACCACUAGUAGAUGCACAUGCAUGCACUUUCUUUCAGCUGACGAUGGUAAGUAAUCAAUGGCUGCACCUGCUCUGGGGCUGUUUCUUGAUUCAAACAAUCAUAUGCUUAGGUUCAGAUUUUGGCUUACCUUUCAAUCCUUUUCUGUGGAAAUCCUUUCUUUAUCCAGUUGCACAAGAUUCUGUAUUGAUUCAGUGAGUAUUGAAAAUAAUUCUACCUGAUUUUUUUUCUGAAUUCUAUGUUUUGGACUUUAUCAAAUUAUAUUCUGUCAUCAAGAAUGUGAUGGGACUUGGAUGAAAAGAGUUCAUUUUCAGCUACUGUUGGUUUGAUGGUAAGUAUGGUAAAUAUAAGAAUGAGGGACCAAACUGAGUACCGGUAACAACCUGGAGAACUUUGGAUAGUUGCAGACAACGUUGACACGUGACGACACCAACAACCGAUGAAGAUGAAGCUUGGCAAGGUUAACUGUACAUUCAAACUGUGGCCUCAAUAAACACAUUUAUCAAAAAGUCAAGUCAUAUUCAAACAAAAUCAGUUUAUGAAAUAUCAAAGCCCUCUAUUGGGAUCAUGUACUUGCAUUGAUGAGCUACUGAAUAAGAAAUAGUCUUAAGUUUCUAUUUCGGUUUGGUUGAAAUAAUCAUUAAUCGUUUACAUAUUGUCCCCAGUUUGAUUUACAGAAGUGCUUUUCAGAAACUUGCAACAAAGUGUAUGUAUUUCAUGCUCUGACAUUAAAUGAGACAUUCAUUUGAAUAUA